CCUGGGAGACACCUCUUAAUUUAUAUUGUUGACCCCAAUAAAACAGGUUGCGCUACUGCAAAAUUAGCUAGCCAGCUAAUGUUAAUGACCAUGGUAAGAUUUCGCUUUGCAUUCUUGUAGCUUGUUCGCUAGCUAUGGUCAGCCGGCAGCUCGUCUGUGGGCACGUAUUAGUUUAAUCUACAAUUCAGUUUUAGCUAGCCAGCUAUCAACAAGCCGGACGAACACAAACCCAAGAUCAGUCAAAAUGAGACUAUUAAGGACACUCAUGAGCAAUGUCUCCAUCGCAAAACACAUCGAUUAUUACUCCAGAUUCUCACCAUCACCCCUCUCAAUGAAACAGUUCUUGGAUUUUGGUUCUGAAAAUGCAUGUGAGAAAACGUCGUUCGUGUUUCUCAGACAAGAGUUGCCUGUGAGGCUGGCCAACAUAAUGAAGGAAAUUAACUUGUUGCCUGACAAUUUGUUGAGGACCCCGUCGGUCAAGUUGGUCCAGAGUUGGUAUCUGCAAAGUCUUCAGGAAAUUAUCGAGUUCAAGGACAGAAACAUUAAUGACGAGAAAGUCACAUAUGACUUCACCGAUGCUGUGAUAAAGAUUCGGAACCGACACAAUGACGUCAUACCCACCAUGGCCCAGGGGGUGGUGGAAUACAAGGAGGCUUAUGGAACCGACCCCAUCGUGAGCCAGAACGUCCAGUAUUUCCUAGAUCGAUUCUACAUGAGCAGGAUAUCCAUCAGGAUGCUUCUUAACCAGCACACCCUGCUCUUUGGAGGGAAAGUGAAGGUGAACCCAGCUCAUCCUAAACAGAUUGGGAGCAUUGACCCUCACUGCUGUGUCACUGAAGUGGUGAAGGACGCUUACCAGAACGCGAGAAACCUAUGUGACCGGUAUUACAUGAACUCCCCAGAGUUGUUGCUGGAGGAAUUUAAUGUGAAAGACGAUGGCAAGCCUGUGACUGUGGUGUACGUGCCCUCUCAUCUCUACCACAUGGUGUUCGAACUCUUCAAGAACGCCAUGAGAGCCACUAUGGAGAUGUAUGGAGAUGCCAUGCAGUAUCCACCUGUCCAUGCCCAGGUCGCCCUGGGGUCUGAAGACCUGACCGUCAAGGUCAGCGAUCGAGGAGGAGGCGUCCCACUGCGGAAGAUCGACCGGCUGUUCACCUACACCUACUCCACCGCUCCCCGGCCAAGCAUGGAACCUUCCAGAGCCACCCCUCUGGCUGGUUUUGGUUACGGCCUGCCCAUCUCCCGGCUGUAUGCCAGGUACUUUCAAGGAGACCUGAAGCUGUACUCACUGGAGGGCUACGGCACCGAUGCCAUCAUUUAUAUCCGGGCACUAUCCACGGAGUCCAUCGAGAGGCUUCCUGUUUACAACAAGUCAGCGUGGAAGCACUACAAAACCCUCCAGGAAGCGGACGACUGGUGCGUCCCCAGCAAGGAGCCUAAAGACAUGACCACCUUCAGGAGCUUCUAGACCCAGAGGGCUGGACGCAGCCAGGAGGGGAACUCCAAACAGUUUUACACCAAUACCAGAUGUCAUGAAUGGUUUUGGGUUGCUGUUUGGAUUGGAUUUUGUGUGGAUGAUGUUAUGGGCACUCAGGCGUUCUGUCAAACCUUUGCCCCUCGUAGAAACAGUGUUUGAAGUUUCAGCUCCAAGUUGUAGUGCCAAGCUAAAUAAUGUUAAUAAUAAACUUAGCUGAAUUGAAGAAUAUCAUUCUUUAACAGCUAGAGUAUGCACUUUUUUGGAGAUAUCAAAAGUAUUUUAACGUGUAUUGAAGCCAAGAAGGAACAUUUGUUUCCUGGUAGUUGUAUGAUCGGCAAGGACGGCUUGGUUUCAACUGUUGCUAAAGAAGUUUAUUUAUUCAGUACAAACGGAAAGCACAAGUAGAAUGAAGUGUUGUGUUUAUAAACUCUGUUGCCAUGAUCGUACCUGUUGUAUUUUCUUUAGCAGAAAACAAGACUGCAAUAACUUGUUAGGUGAUGUGACACAAACUGUUAUUGAACAAUAAAGUGAUUGUUACAGGUUGAAAUGUUUAAUUUAGACACCUGUUGAGGUGGCGUGGGAACCCUGAGGCGUGGUUCAGUCUAUGUCUGGUUAUAUGGGAUUCCUUACUCAAAUAAAUGGAAUUGGAACAUGUACCCCUGGGGAUGGUUGCUUUGUGUAGCUGAGUAAUACAUUUCUAAUCUUGUUGUUUUUCUGUUGGUGAGUUGUGUCAGUGUUAGUCAGUGCUACUUACACUAGAACCAUAAGCACCACAAACACCUCAUUUGUUUUUGUUUAUUUAUGCUGCGUUGUCAUUCUGUGCCAAGAAUAGGAACAUUUCAGCCGUGCACUUUCUGAUUGAACACAUGGAAGAAUUCUAACAAGUUUGUUCUUACCUGCAGUUUUAAUCAAUGAGACAUUGAAUCAUGCACGGAUAAAGAAAAAUCCUAUUUAAGACUGGAAGCUCAGCGUGCAUCCUGACACAAAACACGAGAUUAAGUCAACAGUUGAACAGGUUCAUUUGUCAUAGGCACAUCUCAUUUCCCAUGAACCCAGACACCCCACCAUGUGGGGAAUGCAUGCUGCGUGGAAUAACAGUCAACAUCUUGGUACCAUUCAGCAGUGCAUGAAAAUUGUUGGUUCAAUUGGGCCACAGAGCAGUAAAUCAUCCAUUCUCAAAGCACAGGCACAGUUGGAGACUGCAGGUCAGCAGCAUUCUCCUCGUCAUUACUUGAUUCGUUUUGC